AGGAUCAGAAGGCACUGCUGCGGAGCCCAUGCACAAAUCUGGCUCAUCUCUAGCCUAUAGACCUGCUAUUAUCAACUAGGGAAUCAAACACGCAAAGCUAUUUAUUUGCCUUGAUAUACAGUAGAAGCCCUGAUUGAGAUGUAUGGACAGAACCCUAACUGGUUGUGGUCGAACGGGGAGCCUCUACGCCACCAUAGGCACCUGGGCAGACUUGGCUCAGCAACCCUGAGGCAAUGGGAGGAUGAGGAAGAAGGAAAAGAGGAAGAACAUGCAAUUUGGACCAGGGAGCAUCCAGCAAUCUGUUGCUAUACUACAAAUGGCCAUGGCCUCACCCAAGAGCGUGUUCAGAACCCCUGGGGCUGGGCUUGUACUGAGAGUACCUUUGGCCCUGUCCACACAGACCUAGUUAGCAUCCAAAGCCAGAGUGACACAGGGCUACAUGCCCCUGAAAUGUGGAUUGAUGUCCCCCCACACCAGCCCUCCUUGGGUGGUGCUGAUGGAGAAGAAUCACCCCAGCAUUGUUUAGGCAGUCAAUGGAGGAGCCACAGGACAGAGGGCCAUGGCUGUGUUUGUGUGCAUGGACCAAGUGGACCAGGAAGAUGUUGCCACAGUUUGGCUGGUUCCCCUCUCUUCAAUUUUGGAAUGAGGAAGACAAUAAUGGUAGGAGUCGAGGUGGAAAUAGUGGAGGAAGUAGCCUAUGAGGACACAGAGACACUUGAAGUAAUAUCAGAAGGAGUCUAUCCAAAUUAUUUGAUGGAAACCAUAUUGCUGCAUGAUGACCAGCUUUUCGCCACCUAAACAUGCAUUCCUUCAAAAGUUGUUUGCAAGUGAACUUUCUGUGUUUUUAAAUGUCAGCCUUGUAUUUUAAAUGUAUUUUACAUUUAUUUAAAUGUAGUUUAAAUAUUAAAAUGUAUUUUAAAUACCAUUUAAAUGCCUUUUUUAUGUCAGUGUUAUGGGAGGUUCAUUAAUUACAAUUUUUUUUACCCAAUAAAAUAAGAAAACCUUUGCUUGUUGUCUUGAUUUGAACUUCUAAUGAAGAUAUAGUAUAUGUAACUUCCAAGACCUUCUGACAGUCUACACUUGCUUUGUCCAUCCAGUGCUCCAGUACUCUGCUCAAGUAUGGCAAGUCUCACAGCCCACCAAGUUGAAAAAAUCUAACGACAUGCUACCAAAAUCAUCAUGGGCACCACCUACACCUACACCUACACCUGGGCUUGCAAAAAUCAAACGCUCCAGGCUCGUCUGCGAAGUUUGGAAGAGUUGACGGAGUUCACCGAGAACUGCCAGAGACAACUGAAUGAGCUGUUCGAGACGCUGGGAUGGAGACAGGACCUGGACAACGGCUCAGUUCAGGAGCCGAUGGAGGUGUGCCCCUAUGACCCGAACCACAGAGUGCCAAGCAGGAGCAUGGAGAGACACAAAGCCACCUGCCAACUCAGCCAGAUGGGAUACUCCCAUGAGGAACAGGCUGAGAUGUAUGACACCUCUCUGUAUUAUGAGAAUGCCAGCAUUACCAGCUUCACAAUGGACAAACACACACAGCAACAAGUGAUUCUACAAGCAAGAGCAAGUGCACCGUCAAUUAGGACAGAGGGACUGUACAGCCAAAGUGAAUACUCCACAGAUCCUUCAGAAGUUCCUCAGAACCACAAGCGAGCUAUCUGUGACCUUACUGUGGCAGACCGACUGGCUCUUUUUGAUCACGUGACAAGGGAGGCCAUUCAACAGAAGGAUCAAGCUGUUGCAACCGACAACGAGGACCUCUAUGUUGAUUUGGUGGCCAAGCUCAAAAAGGGUAACGAUCAGAACGAGCACAAGUCUCACCUGGAGCUGAUGGCUGAGAUGAGGGACUACAAGAGACGGCGGCAGUCUUACAGAGCCAAGAACGUCCACAACACAAAGAAGUCCUACACUGAGGUGAUUCGGGAGGUAAUUAAUGUCCACUCUGUUGAACUGUCCAGUCAGUGGAAAGAGGAGGAGAGGAAGGAAGAGGUUAGAGAGUCCAAACAUGCCCCUCACAGGAGAAGGUCUGAGGACAGACGGUCUGCCUCCACAGAGUCCCGCCAAUCUCAUGUCAGCUCCAGGGAUGGACACGGCUCCCACCACAAAUGCCAGCGCAGCAAAGACCCCAGCCCAGAGCAGAGCCAGGAGCGCAGCCGAGAGAAGGAGAGCAAGAAGAAGAGAAAGAGGGAAUCCUGCUCUCCGGAUGAGAGACUUCAUGAUCGAAAGAAGAAAAAGAAGAAAAAGAAGAAAAAGGAAGAGAAGUGAUUUUCAAGUUUAGUACUUUGGCUUGGAAAACCAGAGAUUAGGUCAAGGAGCCAACCAAAGCUACCUUCCAAUGUUCAUAAUAGCGUACCACUUAGAAUGCACGCCUUCAUACUAAGUGCUCAAUUCAUGGCUUCAUAUUAAAUGGUAUGCAUGUGUCGAUAUAGUAGUUUGACUCGCAGGCAAAUCUUUCUUUGUUGUAAUCUGAUGAUAUUUUAAAGCAACAGUGGAGCUCUAAACAUUUGUCUUAAACAGAGGUUAUUAAAUGCCUGUUGUAUUAGAUUACAGAAUGUAAAUAAACUGUUAGAACACGAUUCUCGGAAUUCUGUUGUACAUUCACGAUUACCCCUGUGUUGGAUGUUUAAAGUUAAAACUACAUUGUGUUUGAGCUUUGAAUAGAGAAUAAAAGCUUCAUAUGUGUACUUUAA